AUGUUUUGUUUAGGUUGUUACGGUCACUGUCCGAUCAGCCAGUCGGACAACGCUGAUUUGCAGGCAUGCCUGGAGCCGUUCAAGAACGCGUUCCAGGAAGUGAGCCGAAUACGGCCGAACUCGGAGAGCAGCGUCUUCCCGUUGCUGUUUAUGUCACCGUCUGACCUUCGACCAUUGUGCAAAGCGUUGGAGCGUGCGAAGUCCGGCUGUUCGUUCGACCUUCAGGACUGUGAUACCGAUCCUUUGGUGGACUUCGCCAACAAGAACCUGAGGUUCGUCUGCGCCAAGCAACCGAAAGAGUUCGUCGUCAAAAAUUGCAUCUAUUUCGUCGUGCAGAACAAUACCAAAUGCCAAUCGAUCUUGCGUUCGAAAACCAAGGACACCUGCGACACGAUCUUCGACUUCUACAACUGCGUGGAGAACGACCUGUCGGACCGCUGCGGCACCGACGCCGUUGCCACCCUGGUCAAAGCAGUUACGGGCUACGGAUGCAGCAAUAAGGCGCUCGCCGAAAAAUGUACGAAAUAUCUGAUAAAUCGCACUGUAAUCGAUUAUGCAUUCCUCACCCAGUUUUAA